GGGUGUAACUAUAGUAUGAAGUAUCUGGUUUAUGUUUUACAGCAGAUGCUAAAGGAGACCAGAACUUUUGCACAAAUAAUGUCCAAAUCAUACAUGUACAUGUAUUCUUUUAUUACUUUAUCUUUGCUACCAUCAGGCUUUACCAUGCUGCGAGUCUUUAGUCACACAAAUGGUAGGUGUGUGUUCCACCACUCUAAGUGUUGGCAUCAUCGUAAGUCUGUGCUGGCAAUCAGGAGGGAAGAUGUCAAUGCCUGGGAAAGAAGAGCACCUCUAGCACCAAAGCAUGUUAAGGAGUUGACAAAGAUGGGAUACAAGGUUUUGGUGCAGCCCUCAAACCGGAGAGCCAUCCAUGAAAAGGAGUACGUCAAAGCAGGUGCCGUUAUUCAAGAAGAUAUUUCUGAGGCUUCUCUGAUAAUAGGUGUGAAGAGACCCCCAGAGGACAAAUUAAUCCCUAAAAAGAACUAUGCCUUCUUCUCUCACACUAUUAAAGCCCAAGAGGCCAACAUGCCCCUUUUGGAUGAGAUUUUAAGACAGGAAAUUCGACUGUUUGACUAUGAAAAAAUGGUUGAUCAUAAAGGAAUGCGAGUUGUGGCCUUUGGAAAGUGGGCUGGUGUAGCAGGAAUGAUCAAUAUUCUACAUGGAUUGGGUUUACGGUUUUUAGCUCUGGGUCAUCACACUCCCUUCAUGCACAUUGGGAUGGCACACAACUACAGGAAUAGCAGUCAGGCUGUGCAGGCAGUAAGAGAUGCCGGGUAUGAAAUUUCACUGGGACUGAUGCCAAAGUCAGUGGGACCCUUAACAUUUGUGUUUACAGGCACUGGUAAUGUUUCUAAGGGUGCUCAAGAAAUGUUCAGUGCUCUCCCAUGUGAAUUUGUGGAACCACAUGAGUUGAAGGAAGUUUCCAGAUCUGGAGACCUCAGGAAAGUCUAUGGGACAGUGUUAAGUCGUCAUCAUCAUCUUGUACGGAAACAUGAUGGACAGUAUGAUCCAGUAGACUAUGAUAAACAUCCAGAAAAUUACACUUCUCGCUUUCCCAUUGAUGUUGCACCCUACACAACUUGUUUAAUUAAUGGCAUAUACUGGGAACAAAAUACUCCUCGUUUGCUAAGUCGGCAGGAUACUCAGAAGCUGCUGGUGCCAGUAAAAUCUGCUGCUGGUGCAACUGACGGCUGUCCUGAAUUACCACACAAACUUCUGGCAAUAUGUGACAUUUCAGCAGAUACUGGAGGAUCUAUAGAAUUUAUGACUGAGUGUACAACAAUUGACAACCCAUUUUGUAUGUAUGAUGCUGACCAGCAUAUUACUCAUGACAGUGUUGAAGGCUCAGGCAUUCUGAUGUGUUCCAUUGACAAUCUGCCUGCUCAGCUUCCUAUAGAAGCAACAGAGUACUUUGGGGAUAUGCUUUUCCCUUAUAUUGAAGAGAUGCUGUUAUCAGACGGCUCAGAACCUCUUGAAAAACAGAAUUACUCCCCSGUUGUUCGAGAUGCRGUGAUUGCAUCCAAUGGCUCACUGACACCUAAGUAUCAAUACAUCCAGAAAUUGAGAGAGAGCAGGGAACAGGCUCAGUCACUGAAGAUGGGUGAUGAGAAGAGGGUUUUAUUGCUCGGAUCUGGCUAUGUAUCCGGUCCUGUACUUGAAUAUCUCACUAGAGAUUCCAACAUUGACAUCACGGUUGUAUCUGUCAUGAAGGAGCAACUUGAGCAACUGACAAAAAAAUACAGAAAUGUUACUCCAGUUCAUAUGGAUGUCCUUAAGCAUGAAGAAAAGCUGUCCUCUUUGGUGAAGAAACAUGACCUUGUGAUCAGUUUGCUGCCUUAUUCAGCACAUCCUUUUGUUGCUAAGAAAUGUAUUGACAACAAAGUGAACUUGGUGACAGCCAGCUACUUAACACCAGCUAUGAAAGAACUUCAGGAGAGUGUAGAAGCUGCUGGUAUUACAGUCAUCAGUGAAAUGGGUUUGGAUCCUGGUCUUGACCACAUGCUGGCGAUGGAAUGUAUUGACAAGGCAAAAGAAGUUGGUGCCACGGUUAUAUCAUACAGUUCUUUCUGCGGUGGCCUGCCAGCUCCAGAGCACUCUGACAAUCCUCUGAGAUACAAGUUCAGCUGGAGUCCACAAGGAGUGUUGCUGAAUACAGUUCAGUCUGCUACGUAUUUAAAAGAUGGAGAGAUUAUCAAUAUUCCACCUGGAGGAGCGUUACUGGAUUCUGUUACUCCCAUGGAUUUUUUCCCAGGGCUAAACCUUGAAGGUUUUCCUAACAGAGACAGCACAAAAUAUGCUGAGCCAUAUGGUAUUCAGACAGCUCGCACUAUACUGAGAGGCACCUUAAGAUACAAAGGAUACUCCAGAACUAUGGGAGGCUUUGUAAAACUAGGAUUAAUUAACCCAGAUCCUUAUCCUUUGCUAAGCUCAACUACACCACCUCUAACCUGGAAAGAGCUUAUGUGCAAGCUGGUUGGAAUUAAGUCACCUGCUGAGCCCCAUGUUCUUAAAGAAGCUGUAUUUAGCAAACUGGAGAAGGACAAAAAUCAGCUGGAAGCAGUGGAAUGGUUAGGUUUAUUGGGAGAUGAACCAGUUCCAGCAGCAGAUUCCAUUGUAGGGGCUCUUGCAAAGCACAUGGAGACGAAGCUGCCCUUUGGCACUGGAGAGAGAGAUAUGAUUGUUAUGAGAAGUGAAAUAGGUCUCAGGCAUCCUUCUGGUCAUUUGGAAGACAAAUGUAUUGAUCUGGUUGUCUAUGGGGAUAACAAAGGAUAUUCUGCAAUGGCAAAAACAGUAGGAUACCCUGCGGCUAUUGCUGCUAAAAUGGUUCUGGAUGGUGAAAUAGCUGCCAAAGGCAUGGUCAUACCUUUGACAAAGAACGUUUAUGGGCCAAUACUUGAACGUGUUCAGGCGGAAGGCAUUGUGUACAGUACUCGCAGCGUUAUCAAACAGUAACCCAAAGCAGUGGAUUCAAUCAGUCUAAUAAUAAGAUGUACCUGCAUGGGAUUUGUUUUUUUCACGUGGAUGGUUAUAUUGAAAGAGUGCCUACACAUGGACUUUUCUAUGUGCAUGAAAUAACUUUGCAUACUCUUGCUAGACUCACGGGGAAGAGUCUUCAAGGAUUGUUUAAACAUUCCCACCUCUCUAUAWAGGUAUAUCUGUACCUAGAUAUUUUACUGCUAUAUACUUAAGACAUUAAAAUUUUUUURGCAUGUUUUGUUUUAGCACACAAGGACAAACACUGAAGUGAAAAGCUGCAGAACAGUAGGUGUGUAACACCCCUCUGUGUAGGGUACCAGUGGGGCCUUUCAUUCUGUUUUUAACCCCAGCAUGACAAUAUUGCUAUCAAGUUUUGUCAACUGAUUUUAGAAGUCUGUACUAAAGUCUUUAGUUAAUUUGUUGUCGUACUGAUAGUGAUGAGUUUUUAUGACUUCUGUCCAUCACUUACUGCUGAUUCUUGUAAAGCUUUUCCAUUGGGGUACUAAAUUUCCACAACACAAUCACUAAAAAGUUGCUGAUAGUAAAUUACUUGUUUUCUUCCUUUUUUUUUAAACCCUGAACUUUUUAAUGAUUUCUUAGGAGGAAGAUCACUACUCAAGUUUUCCUUGCCACAUGACUUACAGCUUUGUAAAGAAAAAAAGCUUAACGUGACAUUGUUUAUUAAUAUCUUACUUCUUGCCAGAGAUACAUAACGUCUUCUCCACACUUGACCCAGUUUGAAAAGGCAGGCUAUAUGUCUUUUGAGUCUGUAGCUUGGAUUACAAGAAAAAAAUUAAUUAGAAUAUGGCCUUUGUCUGAGAGAGGAACUGACACGCAUUUAUUAAAAUCUGUAAUCCAUCACAGUUGAAGAUUAUAGAAGAUUUUUUUAUGAUUCUUAUUUUUUUCUAGAUCAGAACCAAUAUGUGUGAGUAAAGAGAUUAUCUUAAGCACUUAUGUUUUAAAUAACUUGUCAGCAUGCUAAGAUGAUGAAUGUGAUUACAAACAUCUCUGGAAGAAACCUUGAAUGACAGCUGAUUCCUUGGAUUACCAUUUUAAAAUGUCUGCAAAACAUUUAGGUUGAAAGGAACAGUUAUAUCAAGAUGGAAUUUUAAAAAGGAUUCCUUUUUUGCUUUUGGUCCAUAGCUGCUUGAAAAAAUAUAAUAGAAUUAAGUUGCUUAAAAAUUACUUUGGGUAUACAAAUAUAUGAAACUGUAAAUACAUGAAGAUAACUUCAUGGUUUUUAUUUGAUAUGUGAGGCAACAAGCCAGUUUUCCAGAAGAAAAGGCUGAAGUAGCACRAGAGCACCAAAGUUUCUCUUGUGCUAAUGUGGUAAAGUGCAGAAGUACAGCAUCUGCUAAUAAGGUUAUGGAAUAUGGAUGGCAAAUGACUAUAAGAUCAAAAUUAACCUCUUUGGCAUAUACACCCCUAGAGAUUAAGAAAUCAAAARUUGUUUCUGUAAUGUUUGAAUGAGAAGGGGCAAGUAGAUAAYAUUGCUGGCUUUGUUAGCCUGGAUCUGAAAACAGAGUGUGCAGCAAACCUGAGUGCUUUAGAGGAAKUCGUGAGGAACCCUCAGGCCAUCUGAAAAAGAAGAUAAUCCCUUUCUCAAAGUGCAACCAUUACACACCUUUGUAUGCACCAAAAUUGUGCCUGAACACUGUGAAAAAUGUGUAAUUCUUACAAAAAUGUGCACCAUUUGGGGCAAUGUGCCUGUCAUGGACAUUUUAAACUCCUGUCAAUCCCCAAACUCCACAAAUUUAAUAAGAAAAUAGUUCUAGAUCCUAUUCCUCAAAGGCAUUUAACUCUACCUGGGAUACAUCCAGGCUCCUCCAGGGCCUCGCCAGUGCAACCUUCAGUACAAUUUUCUUGCCAGUUCUGAAGGCUACCAAGAAUUGAGGCCAACUUGAAACAUUUUGWUUUUGUUCUUGCAGAGGUUGCUUGCUUCACUGCUUCCCAGGGUUUGGCUGUUGCCUUUCCUAAGGAGGCAGCAGAGAGCUCAGCAGUGAAUGACCUCAAGCCACCCCAGUGUGGAGGUGUCUURUGAGGAGCCCAGCUAAGGCAAUUGGGACCCCUGGGACAGCCCAAUAACCUGGGGCAACCAGAUGUGGGAGGAGAUGYGAAACAAGGAGCUAAUGUGGACACUGUAGGUAUGGGUGGGAGGGGAGCAGAGAUUAAAAAACAUAAAAAWUUUUUUAAGUGUCUCCUGAACUUGCAGAUUACAUGGGAAGAGCAGCUGUCUGCAGAUCAGCCUUAGGUCCUUGUUCCUGUAAGUAAAAGCUUUCCUGCACAACAGUGAAGGCUGUUUGCUGUACAUGGAAGACUGCUAAGCACAGGCUGGAAUAUUUAUAUUUAUUUUUGCAAUACCAGGGUAAAAACAAUUUAACAAUACCAAGUACAUGUUAUUCUCAUAAAAACCUUUCAUUUCAAAACAAAUGAUUUCUAUUUCCCACAAAAAGUUAAAAUCACAUGCAGCUAUCUGAAGGUAAAUUGCUUAAGAUGCACAAUUAUGUAUCAGAAGACUUUGUUAAAAUAAAAACAUACUGACUACAUCAUUUUAACAAGGCGAUUACACAGAACUAGAAAACUGACUCUGUAGUAAAAUAUAAAAAUCUACAAUUAUAAAUAUAAAUUUGGUCCAUGGAUCACUACAGAAGUAGCAGUAUUUACAGUAAGUAUCAGAUUGCUAUUCUAAAUGUCUAAUUGGAGUCUUAAAAUGUUGACUGUUACGUAGAACAGUAUUUUAUUUACAUUCUACUAUAUUAAAAGUUGCAUUUCUAGCAAAUGUAAAUUGUUAUAAAUACAGCGAAUAAACCAAAUACUAAACCCAUGACA